AUUAAAAAUAAAAAUUGCAGAAUUAUAUUCCAAACACUAAUAGAGGAUUGAAAUUUAAAGUUAUCCUUCCAUGAGUUGCAAACAACGACAUAAUUUAUGUGAAAAUUUUGUAACGCUUACUCAAGAGCAAUAAAACCAUAGAACAAAUUUAUUUCGCGGCUGAAGUGGUUACUGCUGUUGUUGCUGAAGAAGUGAUACUUGCAUAUUUUGGAUAAAUAAACUGCACGAAAAGCAGCUGCACUUCAAAGGCAAGCCUUAGAAUGAAAUGGAUUUGCAAACCAUACUUGGUCCAGGACCAACAACUGAAGAUAACCCAACAUCAACAGCAAUUAACAGCACAUAUUACAGGUACAGUUGUCGAAGCACAAAUGACGCGUGGCAUCACAUUGGCAACCCAAACAUUUGGUGUGAAACCAGCAUCAGCGAUACAUUACAAGACACGCCGGCAUACGAUAUUUACGAAAACUCAACCACAACAACAACAAAUACAGCGACUGCAACAACAUUGCGUUUCAGCAAAACAUUCCACUGCAUACUUGACACAUUCGACGCAUUCACACGCACCGCACAAUAUCAAUGCAACAAUAGCCAAGAUGUCAAUGAAGAGAUAUCGACGACUACUGACAGCACAACACCGGCAACAUUUUCGCUAUCCGCAACAGCAACAAUAUUGCAGCAAUUUGCACACAACUGUUUCAUGAAUGCAAAAAUAAUCGUACAGAAACUACAACAGCCAGUGUCUGAAUUUAAUUUGACUUUGGCCAGAUUCAACGAGCUUUUAAUGCAGCAUUUGCUAACGUAUCAACAACAUAGUCAAAGUACUCCUGGUAGUGAUAGUGAUAGUAGCAAUAGUGAUAACGAUAGUUUUAAGUUAGGUGCCACGCAGUGUAGGGCAACACAGAAUCAAACUUUGAUGUGUGGUGUGACAAGUGCAGAGAUUUUUGAAAGAUUCAAUUUCAAUAGUAAUCUUACAAGAACAACAAACGCUACAAACGCAUCAUAUUAUGACAGUUCCCCCACCAAUAGCAACAAUACAGUAUUAGAUGAAUUAAUUUGUUAUCUGCAAACACAAUUCAUUCAAGUCAACAACUCACUCGCAAUAAAUAAUCUAAUUGAUGAAAAUUGGUUAGCAGCAAUUAGCAAUCAGCUGAUAAAUGCCACAAUGCAAGCCACCAACAACGCGACGAGCAACAAUGUUGGAGACAACAGCAACGGAAAUGCUAAUAGCGUGCAUUUUGACGCCUACGAUUUUAGCUUAAGUGAUGCAGUUUGGUCAUGGGACACUUUGACCAACAUAACAAAUGCUACAAAUGUCAAUUUCUCAUCCGACUAUACCCUCGGAUAUCCAAGUGUGAAGCAGAAGGGUUAUGACUGGAUUUUUCUGUUUGUCAUACUUUUUAUAUUUGCUGGUGGUCUUGGCAACAUAUUAGUUUGCUUAGCCGUGGCUUUGGAUCGUAAACUGCAAAAUGUUACCAACUAUUUUCUGUUCUCGUUGGCCAUUGCGGACUUGCUUGUUAGUCUCUUCGUAAUGCCAUUGGGGGCAAUACCAGCAUUUUUAGGAUAUUGGCCGCUCGGUUUUAUUUGGUGUAAUAUAUAUGUAACCUGUGAUGUACUUGCCUGCUCGUCAAGCAUCCUCCACAUGUGCUUCAUCAGCCUUGGCCGUUAUUUGGGCAUACGAAAUCCGCUUGGCUCGCGGCAUCGCUCAACGAAACGUUUGGCUGGCAUUAAAAUAGCUAUUGUCUGGGUAAUGGCGAUGAUUGUGUCCAGUUCAAUUACAGUUUUGGGUCUAAUUGAUAAAAAGAAUAUUAUGCCAGAGCCAAAUGUAUGUGUGAUAAAUAAUCGAGCUUUUUUCGUCUUCGGUUCUUUGGUUGCAUUUUAUAUACCAAUGCUGAUGAUGGUCACCACCUACGCACUGACAAUACAGUUGCUUCGAAAAAAGGCACGUUUUGCAGCAGAACAUCCAGAAAGUGAAUUAUUUCGACGACUGGGUGGUCGUUUCACUAUAAGACCACAACAUAGUCAGCAGCAAUUACAAAUGCACAGCAGCUUCAAUAGCAACAGUUACAAUAAGUACUGUGUCAGCGACUCAAAUCGCAAUUUUAAUAGUACAACUAGCAACAUUGAUUGCGACAUACAGCAACAGCAGCAGCAGCAGCAUCAACCACUACAAAGAUCAUUACUACAUCGAAAUAGUGGAAAAACACGCCGCACAUCAGCUUCCGUGCGCAUCAAAUCACCUUGUAGUCAACGUAUCACACAAUCUCAAUCAUCAACACAAUCGGUCAACUUUUGGCGGACACAUGGUAAUCCAAAUAUCAUGGACAGUCAUCCGAAUCGUCGAGCCUCGGUACGUGUCAGUACCUCACAACCACAGCUAGGAUACAACACAAAUGGCAACAGCAGUAACGCAUCCAGUUGUGGCAGCGGUAGCAAUUCUCGUUCAUCACUACGCCAAAAUAUUGCAACUGUAAGUGGUAGUACCGCCAAUGUCAGUGCCACUGGCAGUGGAAAUGGCAAUCAUUUACUUCAGCAAAAAUAUCAAAGCACUUGCGAACAAGGCACACAAACGCCCGCAUCCAUAAGUCGAGAGACACGGCGACAUAAAUUGAAAUCAUUCAAGUUUCCUUUUAAUAGUGUCCCAACGCCAGCACUGAAUUUGCGAUUCCUUAACAGUCGCAACAAACGGAAUAACCUCUCUGCCAAUGCUGUUGCCACCGAACAGAAAGCCACCAAAGUGCUGGGCUUGGUAUUUUUUACAUUCGUCCUCUGCUGGUCACCAUUUUUCAUACUGAACAUCUUAUUUGCGGCAUGUCCAGAAUGUCACGUAUCGGAACAUGUUGUCAGUACAUGCCUAUGGCUGGGCUACGUUUCAUCGACAAUUAAUCCAAUAAUUUAUACCAUUUUCAAUCGCACUUUUCGGGGCGCAUUCAUACGUCUACUGAAAUGCAAUUGUGAGAG